UUCAGGAUGCAAGAUCCGAACGUUCUAAUGAAAUGAUGUGGCGUAUCGCAAAGACAAUCCUCCUUCACCUCAUAACAAAUGGACGAUCCUAAAAUAAAGAUGUCGAAAAGUGUGAGUACGAUGAAGCAUUUGCCUGAUUGCAAUGGAUCAGGCGAAGCAUAUGCUUUUGCGAUUCCAGAGCUCCCGCGAGGUGAGCUCGUUCGGUUCAUCCUGUGCAGUUCCUGGGAUGAUCCGCACUUCAUUGGUCUCAACACUAUCGAACUAUUUAAUGCUAUUGGUGAGAGACCGAGGAUUGACGAAACGAAAACAAAUGCCACUGUAACGCGUGGCUCCCUGGAUAAUGUAUUCAAGAAUGGAGAGACGAAUCAGUCUACCAAUGAUCCGCGCAAAAUGUGGUCUGCCAGAUACGAUAAUCUAGCAGAAUUACUUUACAUUGAAAUUCGCCUUAAAGAACAGGAAAGUAUUGCGAUGAUCCGAAUUUGGAACUACAACGAAUCGCGUGUUCACGCACUGUGCGGUGUGCAUGAUCUUUGUAUCGAAUUGGAUGGUGCAACCAUAUUUCAGGGCGAGAUAUCAUGUGCAUUUACUUUUGAAGAUGAAGAAGAAUCCAUGGGUGAUACGAUUCUAUUUACAACAAAUGAUAAUAUAUUGGAGCUAAUCGCUGAAAACGAUAAGUGUUUGCGAAGAGAUGGUAUAAUGCGGAGUGCUUUGGAUCUUCACGAAUUGGCCAACGAACUUGAAGAGGAACCACUUAUAAUUUCUGCCACAAUCGAAGCGCCGUUAAGAACAGAAACGUUAAAUGCGCCAAAUACUCUCAGACCAGUCACUGGUGAUCGAAAAUCUCGAGUUCGAAGUACAGCGCGGUGCAGUGAUAAACAAUCAACAAAUACCGACAUCGCUGAAGAAACUGUUCCGAAACGAUGUGUUUGUAGCUGCAGUACAAAAAGAAAAGAUAGAAAAGAAAAUGAUGAGACGAAAGCAAAACAAGAAGGCAUUGACCUUCCUCUACUUAAAGUAUUUCAUGUGGAACUUCUGGAAAACUGGGGUGCACCGGAUUGUAUCGGCUUGACGGGUUUACAAUUUCUCGAUCCGCAUGGUAUCGUUUUGGAUCAUUUGAAUUGCAGUAUAACAACAUCUACUGCCACACAAACUUCUUACAGAUUAUUGAAUGGGGUGAAUUUAACAAGAAACAGAGAAGAUAUGUGGCUUUCGUCAUAUUCACGUAAUUCACCACCAGUACGAAUAACAGUGACGUUCGCAAAACCCAUUAUCGUUUCAGGUAUCUGCGUGUGGAAUUACAAUGCUUCACCAGAGAUGUCAUAUGCAGGAGUUCGUUGCAUCCAAAUGUAUGCCAAUGGCGAACUUCUUCAAGGGCCCAUAUUGUUAAGGAAAGCUCCAGGAUAUAUUCACUUCGACUACGUACAAGAUAUCAUUUUCAACAAAUGCACCCUUUAUAAGCCUCUAUCCAGACCGCAAACACAGUCCAUUUAUGGAUUUACAUAUCAGUUGCGGUUGCAUUGCAGCUGGGGUGAUGAAUACUAUAUUGGUCUCAAUGGGAUCGAAUUUUACAAUCAUCGCGAGGAACUCAUCAAACUUCUCUCACAUAACCUGGCAGCAUUUCCGGAGAGUGUGAAUGUACUGCCAAACGUUAAUGAUGAUCCACGAACAAGCGACAAACUCAUCGAUGGUUUCAAUGAUACCGAAAAUCCAUCGCAUAUGUGGUUGACACCAAUUCUGCCUAAUCGUUGUGCAAGGGUAUUUGUUGUGUUCGACAUUCCAACCUACGUAUCACAUAUCAAUGUGUACAACUAUCGGAAAACACCGGAACGUGGAGCGCGGCUUGUCACUAUAACGGUUGACGAUUUGAUUGUGUUCAGUGGUGAGGUACCACAGAGCACGCCAUACAAAACCGGGGUGUUGUCAGUCUCGCUAAGAGAAGAAUGACCUACUUGAUACAUGCUAUGUUCAGUAUUCUUUUCUUGCUGAUUAUAACAUUUGAUAAAUA